CUCAACUCUCACCCGAAUGCAAAUCUCCUGGCCCAACCUUAAAAUCCAAAAAAACAAAAACAAAAAAAACUUAAAGUUGAGUCUUUAUCCUAGACCUCUCGCCUCGGGCUAAACAAAUAAGCAAUAACCCGAGAUUAAUAAAAACUUGACCUCUCUCACAGCUCCUCCGAUCUACAAUACAAACCAGAUCUCCCAAGUCAAAACACAAACAGACACGCACACUCAGAGGAAAAAUCACCGGGCGUUGAUUUCCCAGAUCAACGGCCACCGUUCCAAAUCUCCACCGCCAUGAGCACUCCAGCACUUUCCGGAGGGGCGAGCUUGUAUUCAGGGUUCAGUAGGCUAUGCAAGGGAAUUGCGGUGGUACUCAUUGGUGGCCACAUUCUGGUCCACCUUCUUCCCUCCGCUAUUACUUAUCUUGCUCUCAUACCCGCCAGGACAAUUCCUUUUGCUUGGAACCUCAUAACAGCCGGUUACAUUGAACAAUCAGUGUAUGGGGUGGUUGCCAGCACAAUUGGUCUCCUUUUCAUUGGAAAGCUUCUUGAGCCUGUAUGGGGUUCUCGGGAAUUCUUGAAGUUCAUCUUUGUAGUUAACUUUCUGACUUCCCUAUGCGUUUUUGUUACUGCUAUCGCCUUGUACUACAUUACAACGCAGGAGAAUUACCUUUACAUGCCUCUUUCUGGCUUCCAUGGGAUUCUGGCUGGGUUCUUGGUUGGCAUCAAGCAGAUCAUACCUGACCAAGAGCUGCCUGUAGUAAAGAUAAAAGCUAAGUGGUUACCAUCUCUUAUGCUAUUGCUGUCCAUUGUUGUAAGCUUCUUCACACUUGAGUCGGCAACAUAUCUUCCAACUUUAAUAUUUGGCACGUAUGUGAGCUGGAUUUACCUCAGAUACUGGCAGAGGAAACCGGAAACAAAGCUUAAGGGUGAUCCAAGUGAUGAUUUUGCAUUCUCUACCUUCUUCCCUGAAUUUUUAAGACCAGUCAUUGAUCCCAUUGCAUCUAUAUUUCAUCGAAUGCUCUGUGGGAGAACUGAAGCUUCUAAUGAUGCUGAGGAUCACACACUGGGGGGUGCCCCAUUACCUGGUUCUGAUCCCAUUGAGGCAUCUAGGAGGAGAGAAAGGGGAGCUCGAGCACUUGAAGAAAGAUUGGCUGCUGAGAGGUUGGGUGCUGCAAGAGGUGCAGAAGAGACACAAAUAGAUGCCACAGAGAAAGUUUGAUAACUUUGAAACUUUACUGUUGAAUCCAGUCAACCAGCGCAACUGUGUUGUUUCCUUUAGUACUUAAAGAGGUUUUGCUGUAUUUGGAGAGAAGCCUGCACUCCGAAGGAAGGUUCUAUUAUACAUUUUGCCUGGGAUUUUAAUCAUCAUGGUACAAAAUUUACGUUGUCUUGUGUUUCCUUGCAUGACAAUUCAAUUUGUGAUCUCGCUCAUAUGUAGAAUAGACACAAAAAGUGGCCCGGAAUGUUUUGCCUUUACACAUACUAAGUAGAGCUUCUUUUCAACUGUGUGGGACCAUUUGGUAUGGAUACUUGUAAAAACGUAUCUAGAUAGCAAGACAAUUUUUCUUUCAAACAAAAAUAUGUUUUGUUUUAUGAAAUACUGUUCUUAACUUCUUCCUGGCA